AAGAGCAUGAGAGUCUGUGGGGAUGACAGAGCAAGAGCUGGACACGAACAUCAGUGAAGAAUGAAGGGUUGGUUAUGUACGCUGCUGCUGCUGGAAAGCUUUGUGUUUGUGGUACAGCAGCAGGUAGAUGGAGGACUCGCUGAGAAUGAGAUCAGUCAACAGCUCAGCAAUGAGGACAGAAGACAGAAUCCACCUCAGACAGACUCUCUGAGAGAUGAAGCUUCGACUGACAGCCAACAAUACUGCCAUCUGAGCUUCCCUGACAUCCACGCAGCACUGAGAGAGCUGACCGCCACCGUUACAGAGCAGAAAGUCAACAUCAGAGCAUUAGAGACGCGACUGACAGGAGAGCUGAACAAGAAAACUGAUGAAAUUUCAAAUCUUACUGAGGCUCAAGUGGAGGAGCUGAGAAAGGAAAAUAGAGACAGAGAGAUAGCAUUUUCAGCUUCACUGAUGGAGUCUGGCAGUGGAGAUAUCGGUCCUUUCACCACUGAAAUCACACUAACCUACAGGAACGUCUUCACAAACAUAGGGAACGCCUACAACCCAAUUACAGGUAUUUUCACAGCUCCACUGAAAGGAGCGUACAUGUUCACCUUCUCUGUCUAUGGUCAUGGUAAUCCCUCAACUACAUCAACUGCCUCCAUUGUGAAGAACGGAGAGAAGGUGGUUAUAGCACAUGGUCAUCAGGCUCAGUACGCUGUAAACUCCUCAAAAGGAGUCGUGUUGAUUCUGGAGGUUGGAGAUGUUGUCUAUGUGAGACUUUGGUCUGGAGCAAGGAUAUAUGAUAACCAGUGUAACCACAUCACUUUCAGUGGUUACCUACUGUUUCCCUUAAGAUAACAGGAGCUUUGCAGAAUGUGAUUCCAAUAAAAAUUAACCUUUAGCGUAUGAUUUAAGAUGAAAAUCAUGAAGAAUCAUUAACAUAUGAACCUGUAUUAAUGAUAGAUUACUGUAUGAAAGUCAGUAUAAUAUGCUAUACUCAUAUGUCCAGAGCAGUCUAUACAUGUACACACUGCAUAAAGA